AUGGCGUCGGCGACGCGAACCGAGAGCGAUGCCUUUGGCGAGAUCCAGGUGCCCGCCGACAGGUACUGGGGCGCCCAGACGGAGCGCUCGCUCGAGAACUUUCGCAUCAACCAGCCCCAGGACCGCAUGCCCCCGCCCGUCAUCAAGGCCUUUGGCAUCCUCAAGGGCGCGGCGGCCACGGUCAACAUGCGUUUCGGCCUCGAUGCAAAGAUUGGCCAGGCCAUCCAGCAGGCGGCCAAGGAGGUUGCCGACGGCAAGCUGCUCGACCACUUCCCCCUCGUCGUCUGGCAGACGGGCUCCGGCACCCAGUCCAACAUGAACGCCAACGAGGUCAUCUCCAACCGCGCCAUUGAGAUCCUCGGCGGCCACAUGGGCACCAAGAAGCCCGUCCACCCCAACGACCACGUCAACCGCAGCGCCUCGUCCAACGACACCUUCCCCACCGUCAUGCACAUUGCCGCCGUCCUCGAGCUCGAGCAGGACCUGCUGCCCGCCCUGCAGACCCUUCGCGCCGCCCUCGCGGCAAAGGUGGCCGACUUUGAGGCAAAGAAGAUCAUCAAAAUUGGCCGCACCCACCUGCAGGACGCCACGCCCCUGACCCUGGCGCAGGAGUUUUCCGGCUACGUGGCCCAGCUUGACUUUGGCAUGGCGCGCGUCAAGAGCGCCCUGCCGGACCUGCGCCUGCUGGCCCAGGGCGGCACGGCCGUGGGUACGGGCAUCAACACCUUCGAGGGCUUUGCCGAGGCCAUUGCCGCCGAGGUCAGCAACAUGACUGGCACCGAGUUCAAGACGGCGCCCAACAAGUUCGAGGCCCUCGCCGCUCACGACGCCAUCGUGCAGGCCCACGGCAGCCUCAACACGCUGGCGACGUCGUUGACCAAGAUUGCCCAGGACGUGCGCUACCUGGGCAGCGGGCCGCGGUGCGGACUCGGGGAGCUGGUGCUGCCCGAGAACGAGCCGGGCAGCAGCAUCAUGCCGGGGAAGGUCAACCCGACGCAGUGCGAGGCGCUCACCAUGUUUGAGCUGAACGUGUACAAGCCGCUGAUGAUUCGAAACCUGCUGCACAGCUCGCGCCUGCUGGCCGACGGGAUGCGCUCGUUUGAGAAGAACCUGGUGGCGGGCCUGCAGGCCAAUGAGGAAAAGAUUGCCAGCAUCAUGAAGGAAUCGCUGAUGCUGGUGACGUGCCUGAACCCCAAGAUUGGCUACGACAUGGCCAGCAAGGUGGCCAAGAACGCCCACAAGAAGGGCCUGACGCUCAAAGAGAGCGCGCUGGAGCUCAAGGCGCUGACGGGCGACGAGUUUGACAGGCUGGUGAAGCCCGAGCUGAUGGUUGGGCCUAAGCCGUACAAGCAGUAG